AUGUUGAUUCACAGGGAAGAGGAAGGUGCGGAUCUGCAGGUUAUGUGCCGUGAUGUUGGCAGGAGUGGAGCAAGUGAGUGUUUUUCAUACCACGGCUAUGAAACUCCAGUGAAGCUGCAGUUGCUAUUGCAACGGGGUGAGAGCGCUGAGUGA